AUGAAAGAGUCUUCUCCAUCUCGUCUUCGCAAGAACUGCCCAAACCCACCAAGAAAACUCAAGCUUGUGUGCAGUUUCAAUGGCGCAUUCCACCCCAGACCUCCUUCUGGAAAGCUUCGUUAUACUGGUGGCGAGACUCGUAUUAUAUCCGUUGAUAGAAACAUAGGGUUCUUGAAACUUCGGGCGAAGAUCGUGGACCUUUGUCCAAACGUAAUGUUUUCAUUGAAGUACCAGGUGGCUGUUGCUGACGUGGAUGUGCACAUGGGUUUGGUCGUAAUAGAAUCGGACGAGGAUGUCAAGUGCAUGGUGGAACAGUACGAGAAGCUGGAGUCGUACGGUAAGAGAGCAAGGCUUUGGGUUUUUGUUUGUAGUAAUGGGCUUGAAGGGCAUUUUUAUAAGGGUCAGGUUGGUGAUAAAGUGACAAAGAAUGUGGGGAAUGGUGGCAAUGGUUUAAGGUACGGUGAUGAUUCUUUAAGAAAAAUGGUUUUGAAACAGCAGUUAUUGGCUAAACAUUCGGGUGGAAUUAGUGGAAUUCAGGGUGUUUCGGGUUCCAGUGUUAAUGAGAGUGGAAGGGGAUUAGAAUCUUGUGGUAAGAAUCAAAAGUUAGAUCACCCACUUAUCGAUUUAGGGUCUGAGGAACGAAGAGUUUUUCUGAGUGAAGAAGACCCAUGUGAAACAAACUUGUUAGAUUGUGAAAUGAGAAAUUUGGGGUCUCAGAUGUGUCCAUUGAAACCUAGGGAUGGAAAUCUGCGUAUGGAAAAUAAUUGUUCAAUGCAAUUUCUGCCAGGGCAAUCAGGUGGUGCUCUGUGUAAUGGACUUGGGGUUUCAGGUCAGCCUGAUGCAGCAUCACAGGGUUUAAAGCAACCAAAUAAUUCUGCUGUGAUUUCAAUGUGUAAUGGUUUUGAUGCUAAGCAUGAUUUAAGGAAUAGUGAGCAAGGGUCAUUGAGUAAUUUUAAUACAGAGAACAUCAUGCCAUGGGCUGCUAAUUCUAAUCCAGUGAACACUCAUUUGGAGCCAGUAUAUUUCAACAACCAAUGGGCUGGAAGCCCCCAUAAUAUAAAAGCCAGAGAGGCCGCGUGGGGUUCUCAGAAUGUGUUCCGGAACCAUAAGUUCAGCAAGAAUGGUAUCAGUAAUCAGGGGACGCAUCCAUACUAUUUCCAGAAUCAUAGGAGUAACCUGUUGGGGUUAAGGAACCAUCGAAUUGUUAAACUGGAUGGAAGGCUCUCAAGCGGAAAAUUCUAUCUUGAGCUAAAACCAAAUUCCAACAUCUCAGAGCAAGGGCAUUUUAUGAGGUCAUGCUGCUCAAGUUUGUGGAAGCCUUGGCCUGGUCUUCCUGAGCCUGCCUCAUUAGAGGUGGCAAGCAUGAUGAAUCCUGGUUUUAGUGAUCCUGAUUUUCGAUAUGGAAAUUCAAAUCCCAAGGCAUGUCAUUUAGCUUAUUACGGUGCAUGGGCUGGUGUAGGUAGUCAAUUUCUAUUUACCAAUAAUGAUAGUAAUGGUCCAACUGCUGGUAUAAAUAUGAUGCAUGCCAAACAAUAUCUCAUGGUUGGACCGAAUCAUGGGCUUGAAGUUCCCUAUCAGACUCCCUUUGAGAAUUGCCAUGCAGCACCCAUAUUUUUUGAACCAAUUCACUGCAAUCUUCAGAGCAGCCGAUCGGCUGCUGAUUCACAAGAUGUCAGUACAAACUCUGCCUUGUCAAAUGAUAUGGGCUAUAGCAAUGGAACAGAAUUCGUGUGCAAUACCCAGUUGUCUGAUGCAGAAGCAUGUAAGAAUGUAAAAAGCAACUACAAGGAUGGCGAUGGCACUCAUAAUUUGCAAGGUGAAGUUGCAUCUUCAGUUGAUCUUUUGUGUAACCUCUCAUUGUCAUCAUCCAAAGGAGUGCACCCGCAUGCCCAUUCCUCUCAUGGUAGCGACAAUGUUUCUGACUCCUUGAUCACGCCUCAAUCAAAGCCUUUAGAUCUCACGGAUGAAGUGCAGAUCGACGAAGACCCUCAAGCUGGUCAAUCAAGUGGAAACGGAUCUAAUCCUUCCCCCAAGAACAUGGAUGGCUUGGAAAAGGAUCACAUCCAAGGAGAAGCAAUGCAACAUGACCUUCCAUCUGAUUUAAAAAUUGAUGAAAAGAAAGAAGCUAACGAAGGUACAAAAUGCUCUAAGGUGAUUGGUAGAAUCUCAAGUGGCCUGACUGCAUUUUUUACUCAUCUUGCUACCAGAGAGCUUCAAACUAUUAAGAGUUCAGACCUGGAAUACAUAAAAGAACUUGGUGCGGGUGCAUAUGGAACUGUCUUCUAUGGAAAAUGGAAGGGGUCUGAUGUUGCAAUUAAGAGGCUAAAGCCAAGUUGCUUCUCUGAAGGUUCAGUGGAGGAGGAGCGAUUGGUUGCUGACUUUUGGAGGGAAGCAUAUAUUCUGGGUCAGCUUCACCAUCCAAAUAUAGUGGCAUUCUAUGGUGUAGUUACAGAUGGCCCUUUGACGAGUUUGGCUACAGUUGCAGAGUACAUGGUGAAUGGCUCCUUGAAACAAGUUCUGAGAAGAAAAGAUCGCACUAUUGAUCGCCGAAAGAGGUUAAUAAUAGCCAUGGAUGCAGCCUUUGGAAUGGAAUAUCUACAUGAGAAGAACAUUGUUCAUUUUGAUUUAAAAUCUCAUAACUUCCUUGUUAAUAUGCGGGAUCCUCACCGACCAGUGUGCAAGAUUGGUGAUCUAGGCUUAUCAAAAAUUAAACAGAAGACACUCAUCUCUGGUGGAGUUCGAGGAACUAUUCCAUGGAUGGCACCAGAGCUUCUGAACACAAAGAACAACUUGGUAACAGAGAAGGUUGAUGUGUACUCAUUUGGAAUAGUCAUGUGGGAACUCUUAACUGGAGAGGAACCUUAUGCUGAUUUGCACUCAGAGGAAAUAAUAGCUGGUAUAAUCAAGGGCACUCUCCGACCUAAAAUCCCUAACUGGUGUGACCCAGCAUGGAGAUCAUUGAUGGAGAGGUGCUGGUCAAUUGAUCAUGACUCAAGGCCUGCCUUCUCAGAGAUCGCCAAAGAGUUGCAUAACAUGUCAGCAGCCAUGAAAAUUAAGUGAUUACAGCAAGGUUGAGCCACAGGGCAAACUAUUGGUGUUUUGCUCCUUAUGGUAAAUAGGUAGAGUUGCCAAGAACAUGGCAGAGUGAGAUGCAAUUAGUUUGCCAUCCACUGUCAUGUCUCGUGUGAUGAUAACCCUUUCUGUAGGGAUUCUCGAGCCAGGUGAAAUUUAUUUUUGCAGUCACCGGCGUGUUAACAUAGCAAGUGUAUGUACAAGCUGAGUUUAGAAAGUAGAGCUUCUGUAGUUCAGAUUGAAGGGUAACCUUUUAACGACGGAACAGGGCAAGGCCUUAGAUAGCUUGCAAUAUAUAUUUUUUUUUGUCAAGGCUAGAGAUGGCAAUGCACUGUUUACAGAGACCAGGUCGUUGAGCUAUUUUCUUCUAGUGUCUCAAGGAUUUUGUUUUCAUUCCCUUUUUCUUGUAUUAAUCGUGAUUUUCUUUAAGUGUUUCCUUAAUAACAGUUUGAUGUCGAAAUAGAAGUGCAAUCAUUAUGUUGUGUGUUUUGAGGUGGAUAAAUCCUGAUGGUAUGAAGUUCAUUGCCAUCUUGAUUCAAGGUUCCCUCUAGCAAGGAACUCUGAAAGGAUAACGUGACA